AUGGCUGAUGAUCCACUGACCAUGGGACCUGACUCGAACUCAAAGCCCGUCGGCAAAUCCCGGGGGCUGUAUGGAUUUUCUGGAGAGUUAGAGCAAGUUCUGAUUAUGGUCAUGAAUUUUGGGUUCACAGAUGGUAUAUACAACGACAGCUCUUUCACCAUUGCCACCCUAGAUCCUAUUUUCCAACCCAGUCGCGACUUGUCUGUAAUGGGUGGUACCAGUCUUUUCCGAUUGGGGUACAGUGGUGAGACUUGCAGCGAAGAAACGCUUCUUGAAGAAGAUGAUGAAAGGAAGGUUGGUGUUGACUUGGCUUUUGAUCGUCGGCAUCGCGGCCGCACCAGCUUAUUCCGAGUAUUACUCCAAUGGCGUUACUCAACGGCGAUGACCCAACUGCAGUCAUGGUUGCCCAUGCCAACCUCACAGGUCAUCGGAAAUGCUCAGGGCCUCUAUGUAUCAUCCAAUAAAGGCGAAGACCUAAUUCUGGUAUUUUACCUCGAUUUUGGUUUCACUACCGGCAAGUUUAAUGGAAGCUCCAUCAGUAUUUUUUCGAGAGAUAUAGCGGCAGAUCCAGUAGCGGAGCUUGCAGUUGUAGGAGGGAGAGGGAAGUUUAGGAUGGCAAGAGGGUUUGCCCUGCUUAAGAUUGUUUACUGGGACACUGGUAGUGGCAACGCUGUGGUUGAGUGUGAUGUCACCGUAAUUCAUUACGCAGAGCAAACCAAGGUUGCAACAACAUCUAUAGUUUAG